UCUAACUCUUUAAACCAGGCUUUCGUUGAAACUUUAGGAAUAAUAGUAUAUAGCCAUUUUCCAAGAUCAUUUUGUUCCAUUGGUUUUGCCAACUGAAUAAAGCAAUCUACCACCGAAGGAAAGCACGUAUUCAGUAGAGCUGGGAGAUAAGAGUGCGAUUCGCAACAUGCGCUUAUUGCUCUGGAUGGUCAGUUCAUUGAGGAACCAGACCGUGUACAGACGUUGAUGUAGAGAUCGGCUCAAUAGCUGAACUAACUUAUUGUACCGGUGUCAAUUUAACUAUUGAAAUAUAAGAAAACAUGUCACAACUCAACGAGAUCAUCGUUAUAGUUGAUCGUCUAUUCGAUGAGUGCAAAUUUGAGGAUACUUGUGCGUUGCUCAAACGACACGUAGAACCUCCACAGUACGAAAUUCAAUGGCGUCUCGCACGAGCAAUCUACAGCGUCUACAAAGAGCAUCAACAAACGGACAAAAAACGUGCCGAUGCGUUGAUCCAUGAGGGCUAUGAGGUUGCAUCUAAGAUGAUGGAAAUAGCACCGAAUGCUGCAAACUCUCAUCGAUUUUAUGCAACCUUUCUUCUAGAGCAAACGACCCUCGAAGGUCCCCAGCAGGCGAUCCGGAUCACGACAAAAGCUCUUGACCACAUUAAGACCGCCAAGCGGUUAGAUCCAGGGGAUCCGUUUGUAUGGUUAAUGGAAGGUGUACUCUACGGAAAACUAGCUUCACUGCCGUGGCUCGAGAAGAAAUUUAUUCAAAUGUUCAAUCGUGAAUUGGUGCAACCGACGCUCGAAGAUGCGCUCGAGUGUUUACUGAAGGCGGAACAGUUGAGGCCAAACUUUUUGGUUUUGAACAACUUUUUGAUCGGGAAAAUUUACUACGAUAUGAAGGAAUACGGGAAGGCUAAGGUGUACCUAGGCUUGGUGGCUAAUUUAGAUCCAGUCAGGACGGCUGAUGAAAGGAAUGGUAAAGAAAUGGCGGUGAAAAUGUUGAAGAAGUUGCAGUGAUAGAUUGUAGAUAUUUGUGGUAUUGCGUCAUUUUGUAUCUGAUAUGUUCAAUAGAGGAUCAACCAAUUCAAUUUAUAUUGCACAGUUUACAUUUUGUGAAAUAUAAUAUAUACUGGGAAUUUGUAAUUUAAAA